CGGUUCUGCAGCGUAUUCGUAUGCGGUCAUUCGCAGUUAAUUUUGCUUUUAUUACUAAGGGCUUGUACCCGGAGGCGGUUUCCUUUUCAUCUUCUUUGCGAGACAUCAACGCGACACUUGGACUCUUACCCUCCCGGAGACACGUGAUAUGGCGUGAUUUGGCGGGUGUUAGAGUUCAAUGUUCUGGCUUAUAACAGAUUUCUAGUGAUGAUGUCUUGUCCGGGUGUCUUGCAAAGUCAAUUUUCACGUAGUACACGAUCAGCUCUUCAGAUUUCAAUGUACAACCCUUUACCCUUUUAUAUACUAUUUUUUGAAAGAAAAGGUACCCCUUUCGUAUAUCUUCUAUUUGAGCAAUAGAAAACGUUUCUCGUGUUUGCAUAGCCCGAUAAACAGGAGGGGGUGUUGGGAGAAUUCGGCAUAACUAUCGAGAAUUCUCCUAACCCCUCGAGUGUUUUUGUCGGGCUAUGUAUACACAGUUAAAAAGUUUCAAUUGCUUUUAUAACAUAACUUUUUAGAGGAAAAAAAAGCAAACAUCUUUGCUUAUGGCUUUGAUUAAAAGAGAAAUUCUUGCCGGUCGCGAAGUGUUGUUUACGACGUUACGUGCGCGUAAUCAGUUCUUGUUUUGCAAAAAAGAUGCUUUCCAAAAUACGGAUAUUUCUUGCUUAAAAUGUCAGCUUAAGCAAAAGAAAUUGACACACUGCUUUUGUAAAGACCUUCCAAGUUUCAGCCGACGAGGAAAUGGGUAAAUAUAGUUAACUUCUCAACUAAAAAACCUUUUUCAAAUUCGUGCUUGUCCGAUACUUGCGUGAUUAGCGCGUUCAACAAAACAUCUUGACGUCACAACUGUGUUUACAUACUCUCAUAAAAACAGGCCUCUCGGCCAAUCAGAACGUGCGUACUAUCUUAGUCAACUUAUAACGAGGCUGCUCUAGUUUAGAACUUUGCAUCCUUGUAACUGCUGUGUUUGAAAUAGGAAAAAAACACAAACCAGAAGGCUGGGGUAUUUUUACAACCGAAACGACAGAUUUCCCGGCCUUUUUAUCUACGUAAACUAGUGAAAUCCCUUUAGGACGCCCUCCCCCCCCUCCUAUAGAUCGUUAUAGAGAGUACCCCUCGGGGCAGAUCAUCAGUUUGUUAAGAACUCAUAAAAACUAAGGACGCCACUCGAACGAGAAAACGUUUUUCGCAACUGUAAUAAUGCUUGUGUGCGCAGGCGCAGAGGGAUUGGGUAAAUUAUCAUUCGCCAAUUGCACAUCUCCCAUAACGCAUAAUGCACCAUGUUUACCCCCCCAAAUUUUACAUAACCUUUGUUUUUCAUUUCUCCUGGGUAUUGCAGUCGUCCCGAGAGAAAUUGAAGACAAUGCUUAUGCAAAAUGUUUGGGUAGGUGGGCAAACAAGGUGCACGCACAUUGUGCGAAAUUUGCAAAUGGAGAAUAAAUAUGCUUCACGGGCGAAAAUGAUCGAUCGACUGAACCGACGUUACCACGCAGCGAGCUGGUUUAAGAGAAAUAGUCGCUCCAGUGAGUGAAUGUGGUUAAAAUUCUUAUCCUUUACACUUUUAUGUAAUGAAAAUGUACCUGUCCAAUAUGCGAGUGCAUCCCAGACCCAUUCAAGGGUACCCUGUGGAUUAGCUCUAUUUUAUUAUCUAAUCCAAUUAAACUAGGAUUGAGAGACAGCUAGCAAGCUUACACAUGGGUAGAAGUAACAGGCAUACACGAUCAGUAAAAAUUGUAAAAUCUGACACUCCUACUGUCAGAUGUUACGGUAGAUUUUGCAUGAGUUCCUGACACCUGCUUGCUCUCUCUCCUCUGCCUGCAGCCUAGCUGGUGGCUUUUUUUGUCAAUAUGUGUAAACGAGAGGCGGAGGCUACAGGGAAGUUGGGCGGAGAAAAGGAAAAAGAAAGGGACCGUUCCGUCUUCGGUACUACAAAUUUCCCUCCUGUGGAAUGAAGUUUCAUUUUUCCGAGCUCUAACCAAGGCCAAAUCGCCAGUUGUAAAUGCAGCCAUUCUCUUUGUCUGCAGUCCUCAGUGGUGAGCCUGCACCACAGACAAAACUAAACUCUGGUUAAGUCCUGACUCGUCCCCAGUCGUCUCUCAUAAUUAGUAUUUGGCGUGGAAGACGAGAACAGGCUCUUUAACGAAGGGGAUGACAGGAAGGAUAAGCCAAGCGCUUCCCUAGUAAAUAAUUAAUGAGUAGAGACAACUUUGAGACGACUGGGGACGAGUCAGGGUUAAGUUCGUCUGCGAAACAGCACGGAAAGCCUUGUUGUAGGCCCCACCUGUGUACCAGGAUUUGAGUACGCGCCAUGAUUGGCCCGUUAAAAAGCCAUUGUUGAUCUGCCAAUCAGGGUGACAGGAAAUUCGAGACGUACUUCCGGUAAUUCGUUGAGUCCGUUGGGGGCCCAGAAAAAGAUAUCGGCGCUGCCUACCGGGUUAAAUAACCUCUGCUACGCACGCUAUCAGCAUAUGAGCUAGCUAAGGGACUAACUGUAUUUAUUUUUCUUUCUUGAUUCGUUGCUUUAUUUUUAGACUUACCUGAUGGAAGUGUAGAUGUGGUGAUUGCCUCUCAGAGUUUCCACUGGUUCGCUAAUCAAACCGCUCUUGAAGAGAUUCAUCGGGUUCUUGCGCCAGAUGGGAAGCUUGCUAUCAUUUGGAGCGCACCUGACAUUUCUCUUCCUUGGAUGGCAGAAAUUUGGGCAUUUGUGGGUACCUUAAUUAAAGAAAACUCCCUAAUUACACCGUUUGAUGAGGAUUGGAAAAAUGUGUUUGGCUUAACUCCCCAAAAGCUGUUCAGCGAUUUGGAAGAAAAUUCGAGUUUUCUUCUAAUCAUGCCAAGUUCCUUUGAAGAUUGCUACGAGUAUUUUGCUUCCUAUUCGGUUUUAAUCAAUAGCACUGAAAGCCGUAGAAAGUCUUUUAGAAAGUUGUUCGAUGAGAUAAUGAAAAAGUAUUUCAUAGACAGAGGAACUGACCUUGAUCAUUUUCCCUUUAAUCUAUUCAUGUAUUGGUGUACUAAAAUAGUCUAG